AUGAACAGGAAUAAAAGCAUCGUCUCUUUUCCUGUUAGAUCUGCGAAGCAGCAGCCACCCUUCAGACUCUGUGUUUGGAGAGCGAGCAACGAAGCGUUGAUCGAUGUCGUAAACAUGUUCACGCUUUUGCCGAACGAGCAUCUUGCAUUUUCUUCGUUUUUCCAAAUUGAUUCUCCUGCAUACUCUCUGUUUUCCUUCCCACUCUACAAUCUACUCUUUUCCUUCGCUUCCUUAACUACUCAGCACUCUCGCACUAUUGUUUUUCCGCCUUGA